GCUAUGCGGAAAGCUAUAAGGAUUAAGCUCCAAGUUCAAGCUAUGGCGUUUCAUUGCUCGAUAUUUCCGUUUCUCCUUUUAUCUUUUCUCUCGAUCCCAGCUCAAUCAUUCUCACUCAACACUUCAGAUUACAUGUACACUCACGAUUGUCAUGACUUGACAGCAGGUCGCACUCUCCUUCAAACUAGAGCUGGAGUUCCAGGCAUGGAUGUAAGUAGCCACCAAGGUAAUGUUAACUGGCGGACUGCCUACAACAAUGGUGCAAGGUUCGCAUACAUCAAGGCCACCGAAGGAACGGGAUACACAAACCCAUAUUUUUCACAGCAGUAUGUUGGUUCUUACCGCACAGGUUUCAUCCGUGGAGCAUAUCACUUUGGCCGUCCGGACAUAUCGAAUGGUGCUACUCAGGCGACGUACUUCCUCAAAAACGGAGGUCGGUGGUCUUCCGAUGGGCGAACACUUCCUGGAGCUUUGGAUAUUGAGUACAAUCCAUCUUGUGGAAGCUCUUGUACUCCAGCGCAAAAAUGUUACAACCUUAGGAAGCAAGAGUUGGGGAAGUGGAUCCAGGACUUUGUGAACACUUACAGGAAAGGAACUGGAGUUUAUCCAGUGAUUUACAGCACUGCGGACUGGUAUAACACAUGCGUAGGGACUUAUGGGGACUUUAGCAGUGUCUGCCCAUUUUGGCUCGCUUGUUAUUGUCCCAGGGUGACCACUUAUCCUUACAACUGGAAAGUGUAUACGUUUUGGCAGUAUGCCGACUCGGGAACGUUUCCUGGCGAUCAGAACGUGUUUAAUGGGCCUUACUCUCAACUGCAGAAGCUUGCCAAAGGCUGAUAAUGUUGGAUUGAAGUGCCCAGCUAGGAUGAUUACCUCGCGCAGACGCAGGGCGAACAGGGACGCGUUGUGAUCUGGAGGGUUGUAUCCCGUUGCACUUCCGCAUUUUGUAUAUAGAUACCCUCGUAAAGAAAUAAGGCCUUAUUUUAAUACCA